AAAAUGCCGAGCUACAAAGACAAAGAAGCCGAAAAACGAAACGGUGAUGACGAUGAAUCUGAGAGCAAUCACAGUGCUAUUUCCGUCAACAUUCGCUAUUCUGACCAAAGCGACGAUGCAAGGGAACACGAUAGCACGAGUAACGAUGAGGACAGGCCAAGUAGGAACAGACUAAGUAAUAGGGACUACAGUAUCAUAAACAGAGACGAGAACGAAGAGGACGAAGGAAAUGAGUACUACGAGAGGAACAACGUAAUUAAUCUGGAGAACGACACAAGCACGUACCAUUCGUACGAUGCGCGUGAAAGAAGAAGCCUGCAUGAUAGUGACAGUACGUUAACAAAGGAUAGCGACUAUAAUGCCCUUGAGAAGGAGUCUCAGUCGAGGAUAUCACGCUUUUUUACAAGGAUGUUUGUUUUUUUCGACAGAGUGCUUGAAGUUGAUUUCUUUUACUUUUUCUUGGGCAGCGUUCUCAUCCUGAUAGUUGCGCUGUGCAUACCAAGCGGCUAUUUAUACACGUGCUUUCAGAAGGAAGAGGGCAGCGAUACGUUCAAAGAGCACGUAUUUAAAUUGCGCAUGGUAUUUUUGUGCAUUGCAGGCAUUUUGUUUGUCAUCGGAUGCAUUGCCUCGUUCAUCUACCACGUAGCACAGAUCUUGCUGAAGUAUCUUGGUGAGCAGGACGGCUGGUUUGCAACAUUUGCAUCUCUUAACUGCCAUCUUGCCAUGAUGAUUGCUUUGGUUACGCUGUUGGUUACCUUCACAUACAAACGAAUGACCAAUUUGCAGUUUGCCAAAGGUACCAAUCUCGACAUCAGCCAUGUCUUGAGCACGCUCCUGUUUGCCAAUUUCCUUCUUACUUUAAAGACCUUUAUACUGAAAAAAGUCAGCUUUACCUUUAAUUUCAGCAAUUAUCUGAACAGGAUUAGAUUGGUUCUACUGGACGAGUACUUCAAGAGUUUUCUAAAGGGGUUAAAAGACUUGGAUUCGAUCGAGGGCUCGAAGAAUGAUUCUUACUGGAAGAAUUUCCUACCGUCCGGCAAGAGUAUGUCUCAGGAGAAGGCCAUUCAAGUGUUCGAUAAAUUUUUUGUCAAUGAUAUCAAGGGAAAGGACAUUGAAAAAGUGCUCCUCUCCGAGUUCAGCAAAUUAUACGCCCGGCAGUUAGAUCCGUUUAAGAGGGAUCAGAUUCUCAAGAAAUUUUGGCUCAAGCGUUCAAAAAAGAUAUACUCGGCCUCCACCGCAAUUAACACGUUCAGUACAAUUAACGACUUUGCUGGCCUGUUUGCAAACCGAGAGCUGUUUGAGCGUUUCUGUAAGCUGCUGAAGAUCAAGCCCAGAGAUGUGUACAACGAAAGGAUGAUCUACGCCCUGUUGGAGCGUAGAGACACAGAGCACUAUUUUCUCAGCAGAAGCUUUGAACAGAACAAUGCUGCACUGAAUAGAGUGGGGUAUACGCUGUCUGUGGUGAUCGCUUUUGUAGCCCUCAGUAUCUUUUUGGGCAUUUUCCUGAACAAAACGGAUGCCACCAUCGAUAUUAUCUCUGCAUUGUUUGGUACAGGUUUUAUCCUCAACUCUACGAUAAAAGAAGCGAUAAGCAGUACGGUGUUCGUAUUCUGUGUUAAGCCGUACGAUAUUGGUGACCGUGUAUUCAUUUUCAUAGACAACGAGUUAGAAAAUCUGGUGGUAACAGAACUGAACGUGCUCUCGACCACUUUCUGCAGGUUUGAUGGCAUAUACGUGGUAAUACCUAACAUUGUGCUUGCCAACAAGGCCAUCACCAAUGUACGUAGGAGUAGCAUCAUGUCGGAGGCACAUGUAAUACAGGUGAGCAGUGAUACGCCAAUACAUAAAAUAGAGCUGCUUAAAUACAACAUAAAAGCAUUCCUGCACCUCAAUAGGAAUUACUACACCGAGUUUUUCAUGUUAAACUACGAUCAUAUUGAAGAUUCGAACAAAUUAUUUAUCAGGAUUUACAUGCAGUACGAUGACAAUUGGCAGGAUUACGAAGCAUUCCUAGAAAAGAAAACGUUCUUCCUAUGCUUCCUGAAUAAGACGGUUAACGAUUUGGGAAUAACUUACGUGCCGUUAACACAGAGGGUGAAUCUUGUGAGGGAGAAUGGUAAGAUUAAGCAGAGUGCACGUACCGAUGUAUCGUGAAAAGAAGCGUAUGUAACAAUAAAAGGGAAAAUAUGCGGUAGAACAUUCAGUUUAGGUGUUUAGCACGUAUAGCGUACCGAGGGGUAGAAGUUGUAAUUUGCACUGAUGCUUAAUCGGGUAUUUAAACGUAUGAGAGCGGUGAGGCAAUUAAUUUGGAAAGAUGGUCUGUUUAAAUGAUGGACAUGUUAAUUAAUUAAGAGUUUAUCAACAGAGCAAUUAAUUUGGUAGUAACCCCUCAUUAUUUUAAUGUGGCACUGUGCAGCAUCAGUUUUGCACCAUAGCUGUUACUUCACCCAUUCACCAUGGUAUAGAGCUGGUGAUCGGUAUCAAAUGGCGGCAGCAUUGAGAAAUAUUAGUUUAUUGAAUGGGUGCCUUUCCACGACACAUUCUCGUAAGCAAUAUUUGCGUUUAGAACUGCAUUUUUUGCAAUAUGAGGUGAUCACAAUGAUGAUACCAUCAACGUAACCAUCCUGCUGUACUUCUCAUAACAUUAAUGCUAUAAAGCACCUUCCACGAAGCAUUGCGUAUUCAUAGUCUAUGCUAGACUCUUUUACGCAUGGACCUAGGAAUAAAACAUAUUUUAUAGAUGAGCGGUUCCUUCAUUCUGUAUUUGAAGUAUUUAAGGAGAGCUUUUCUAUUUAUGCCGGUACGGAGCGUAAAAAUGGUAAAAUCUUAGUUAUUGUUGUGAAGAACCUUUCAUAUCAAUGCUAACCAAGCUGUGUUCCCAAAAUAAAUAGCGGUUACUUGUAUAGAUUACAACUCUUUUUCCGUUAUCACAUGCAGAUACC